CUUUCACAGUUAUUUCUCUAUGUCCUGUCUGACAGAGAGGCCCGUAUGAGACACACUAAGUGUGCGCAUAUUGGUUGAUUAUUUUCUGAUCUCCUCCCCUCAGUAUGCUGGGGCUGCUGCUAAUUGCCUGUGUGUUGCUGCAUGCUGCAAAAUCCAGACAGCCAGAUGAACCAAUAUAUCUUGUGACAGUGACCUCCCAAACAAAAGGGGGGAGCACAGAGACAAUCUGUGCCCACAUUGUUCUCCAGAAGGAACCACUCUCUUUUAUGCUUACCCUGGAAAUAGGUGCCAGUAGCACCACUCUAUUGGAGGAAUUAAUCACGGCAGAGUUCCAUCGCUGUGUGAAGUUCCAGGUUCCUCCUGUUGUCACUGAAACAACGGCAACUAUUCAAGCCUCUAUCAAGGGGGAAGAAACGUGUCUGAGCAAGAAGACCAAAAUCCUGAUCAAACCAAGCUCUUCCCUCACCAUCAUACAGACAGACAAGCCCAUCUACAAACCAGGGCAAACCAUCAAGUUCCGUAUUGUCUCUCUGGAUUCCAGCUUCUUGCUUCAUGAGCAAAUGUACCAGACUGUUGAGUUGCAGGACCCUAAUUCAAAUCGCAUUGCCCAGUGGUUGAACCAGUCAGUCACCACUGGAAUUAUGGACCUGUCCCACCCCACGACACCUGAGGCCAAGCAAGGCAUCUACACCAUCUCAGCCUGGACAAAGAGGGGCAUUAUGACCAUCCAGACUUUUGAGAUCAUUGAAUAUGUUCUGCCAAAGUUUGAGGUUACAGUCCACCUCCCUGAUGCCAUAUUUUCUCAAGAUAGAGAAGUAACGGUAAAGAUUUGUGGGAAGUACACCUAUGGGAAGCCUGUCCUGGGUUCAGUGAAGGCAGAGGUGUGCCGCAAGUUUCCAGCUUUCUACGGGGCAUAUUUUGGCUCUGGUGUUUGCAUGACAUACACUAUGAGGACUGAUAAGACCGGAUGUGCAACAAACAUCAUCAAUGCAACAAGCUUUUUACCUGCCCAAAAUCCUCAUCAAAGCCUUACUGUGGAGUGUGAGAUGGAGGAAGAUGGAACAGGUGUUGUUUUGAAAGGGUCUGGCAGUACACAGAUCGUCAGAGGUGAAAUCAGUCUAGAAUUCCAAGAUACUCCUUCAACUUUCAAGCAAGGAAUAAACUAUGAUGGAAAGAUCAUUAUAAAAGGCCCCCCCUCCUCUAUUGCCAACAAGACCAUCUUCCUUCAUGGACCACAGGCUUCUAUGUGGACAUUGACUUCUGACAGUGAGGGUGUGGCCCACUUUUCACUAGAUACCAGUUCUUGGUUGGAAGAAUAUGUCCAGCUACAGGCACAUUGCAACAAGGAGUCAGCACAAAUGGGGUUUGUCUUUGGUGCAUACGAUAGGUGCUAUGCAUCCCAUACAGCCUAUUUAUUUUAUUCAAAGAGCAUGAGCUUUCUGAGCAUCCAGCAUGCAAAAGAACCGCUUCCUUGUGAUCAGGACGGCCAGGUCCUGGCACGCUACAUCAUCCGAGGGCAGGAGCUUAAGAAGAAGAAGACACUAGACUUUUUCUAUUUGGUGUUGUCCAAAGGGAGCAUUGUGCAGUACGGGCAUUCUGAAGUGACGCUGAAUGCAGAAGAAGGUGACGUACUUCUUCGGAGGACGGAGUGUGGCACAGUGGUUAAGAGAGGGGAGUUCUCUUUCUCCCUGCAGCAGACUGAAGAUCUGGCCCCUUAUGCCCAGGUGGUGGUGUACACAGUGCUGCCUAAUGGAGAGGUUGUGGCUGACAAUUUCAACUUUCCCGUCCAGUUGUGCUUCAAGAACAAGGUGUCCCUCCAGUUCUCCUCCUCCCAGGAGCUCCCUGGGGAAAAGGCGUUCCUGCAGGUACAGGCCAAGCCGGGGUCACUGUGCUCCCUGAGGGCCAUCGACCAGAGCGUCCUCCUGAUGAGACCAGAGAAGGAGCUGAAUGCACAGAAGGUCUAUGAGACGUUGCCUGUCCAAAAGUUAUUUGGGUAUCCAUAUGCUGUCCAGGACAGUGAUCCCCCUCCCUGCCUUUCCCCAUUCACAUUUACAUCACACCCAGGGCAGAGGUUUCACCCAAUCCCACAACCAGGUUUUCUUGGAGUCCAAACUGAUGAUGUCUUUGCCAUCUUUCGGGCAGUUGGUGUAAAGGCCCUGACAAACUCAAACAUGAAAAAACCUGUUCCAUGCUUUCAAUAUGGCGGACCGAUGGGUUUGCCAGGUUUAGGAUUUGGGCAAGGAGGAGGAGCAGGAGUGGGAGGAUUCUCAGGAGGAGCAGCAGGAAUACCAGCAAGAGGAGCGGCAAAAAUAAUGCCGCAAUUAGUAGGGUCAGCAGGACCAUUGAGUGGAUCGGCAGUACAAGCAAUACUACCACCCAAGGAAACCAUUCGCACAUUCUUCCCUGAGACCUGGAUCUGGGAGCUGGUACCGGUGGGAGAUUCAGGCAGAGUAACAGUGGAGCAGACCGUCCCAGACACUAUUACCAAAUGGGGAGCAAGCGGGUUCUGCACCUCUCCAGCAGGAUUCGGCCUGGCCACCAGCACAAGCCUCACGGCCUUCCAGCCCUUCUUUGUGAGCCUGACACUACCGUACUCCGUCAUCCGUGAAGAGGUGUUCCCACUGAAGGCCACGGUCUUCAACUACCUCUCCAAGUGCAUCAUGGUGCAUGUCAGCCUGAAAGAGUCGGCACAGUUCACAGGCCAGCCGUGCGACGGCUGCCAGUACAGGCGAUGUCUCUGUGGCGAGGAGAGCGAGACCUUCACCUGGGUCGUCACGGCAACCACUUUGGGUCGGGUGAACAUUACAGUAAGUGCAGAAGCCCUGAGCACUGAGGAGCUGUGUGGCAAUGAGGUGGUCAUCUUGCCUGAGAGGGGACAAAUCGACACCGUUGUCCGUACACUGCUUGUGGAGCCUGAGGGCACAGAACAGACCAUCAGUCACAACGCACUGCUGUGUCCUCAAGAGGGAGCUGUGGAAAAGGUCAUUUCUCUGGAGCUGCCAGAGGUUUUUGUGGAGGGUUCUGCCAAGGCCUCACUUUCAGUCUUAGGUGACUUGAUGGGGCGUGCCAUGAGGAAUCUGGACAGCCUGUUGGCGAUGCCAUAUGGCUGUGGAGAGCAGAACAUGCUGCUUUUUGCCCCCAACAUCUAUAUCCUCAGGUACCUGGAGACCACAGAGCAGCUGACACCAGAGAUCAAGAGCAAGGCCAUUACCUUCCUGGAGAGUGGAUAUCAGCGAGAGCUGAACUACAAGCACAACGACGGCUCCUAUAGCGCCUUUGGACAGAGGGACGCUUCAGGGAACACCUGGCUCACUGCUUUUGUGAUGAAGUCUUUUGGAGGCGCAACUCGAUACAUAUUUAUUGACCCAAAAUACAUCACCAGUGCCAAAGUAUGGCUCAGCCUUCAGCAACAAGAAGAUGGCUGCAUAAAGUCUGUGGGGAAACUCUUUCACAAUGGAAUGAAGGGUGGAGUCAGUGAUGAGGUGAUGUUGACAGCCUAUGUUACAGCUGCUCUCCUUGAGCUGGGCACUAACAGCACUGAUCCCAUGGUGAACAGGAGUCUGGCAUGUCUGAGACAGGCCUCAGAUCAGAUCAGCAGCACCUACGCCACUGCUCUGCUCUCCUACACCUUCACCCUGGCUGGAGACAGUGUUAUGAGGGCUCGUCUCAUUGACCGUCUGGACAAAGUGGCCAUAAUCACAGAACAAGGCCGUCACUGGAAGAGAGUUGGGGCUUCUGGAGAAGGCUCUCUAGCAGUGGAGAUGACCUCCUACGUGCUCCUAGCCCUCCUCUCUGGGCCUCCCCUUUCUGACUUUGACUUGGGCUACGCCACCUCCAUUGUUCGCUGGCUGGCAAACCAGCAGAACCCUUAUGGCGGGUUCUCCUCCACACAGAACACAGUGGUGGCUCUGCAGGCUCUGACGCUGUACGCUGCUGCCACCUUCAGGAAGGGAGGUGCCAGCACAGUGACGGUGACCUCUACUGGUGGAUAUAAAAGUCAGUUCCAUGUGGAUGAGCACAACAGACUGCUGUACCAGGAGGAGCAGCUGCAGGAGGUGCCUGGAGUCUACAACAUUAAGGCCAACGGCGAGGCUUGUGCAUUUGUGCAGAUCGCUCUGCAGUACAACAUCCCCCCUCCUCCAGACUUCUCCUCAUUCACCAUCAGUGCCAAUGCGACAGGGGUCUGCAACAGUGCAAGGAAGACAUCCCUGACAGUUUUUGUGCAUGUUAGGUACAAUGGUGGGCGAGAGGAAACCAACAUGGUGAUCAUCAGUAUCCGUCUCCUGUCAGGAUUCCUCCUGGAUAAAAGCUCACUCAUACAGCUGAAAGCUCAUCCCAGUGUGAAGCGUGUUGAAGAGGAAGAAGGUCAUGUGAUCAUUUACCUGGAUGAGCUGAAGAAAAUGGCGCCCAUGUCGUACUUUCUGGUCAUUGUGGAGGACAUACCAGUGAGGAACCUGAAGCCUGCAGUGGUCAAGGUUUAUGACUACUAUGAUAAAAGUGAUGAAGCGGUGAGUGAGUACAGCUCCCCCUGUGCACAGAGUGAUGACUUAAACCAGCUGUGAAAGGUGGAGAUUGGACCAGCCACAUCACUCACAUUACGCAUCUCUUCAAAUUCCUCUUAUAUUUAAUGCUCAUAAUUUUAAUUAAGUGAUAAUGUGAUAUUAAAUAUAGAAUUAACCUUUAAGAAAAUGAUGUGUUGUGUAAACACCUCAUCACAAUUUGCUUGGCUUCCAAAUAUUUGGGACAUUAUCCAUUAAUAAAACAGAAAUUACAUUUUAA